AUGGCAAAAUCAACUGUCUUUCGGCGGAUAAAAGAUGGCACUAUUCGGACACAUACCAAUUCCAUUAAGCCUCAACUAACCGAACAAAAUAAGAAGAGUGAAAGGUACUACCUACUUCCUGAAGAACAUGAGCCUGAUCCAUAUCGCUCUUGCAAAAGUAAAAACUUUAUUCCAAAAGUUAUGUUUAUGGCUGUUGUUGCUCGUCCUCGAUUUGAUGAAAAUGGAAUUGAGCUAUUUUCUGGAAAAAUAGGUAUUUUUCCAUUUGUAGUUAAGGAACCAGCUAAGCGGAAUAGCAAAAAUCGAACAGCAGGAACUCUCGAAACAAAACCCAUUCUAUCAGUAACUAAAGAUAUUACUAGGGCUUGUUUGAUUGAGAAAGUUCAUCCUGCCAUUAGAUCAAAAUGGCCAGCUUCGGAUUCAAACAUUCCUAUCUUUAUACAACAAGAUAAUGCAAGACCACAUAUUGGUGUCAAUGAUUUGGAAUUUGUUGAAGCUGUCCAAAAAGAUGGAUUCGACAUUAGACUAUGGUUUCAACCACCUAACAACCCUGAUUUAAAUGUGUUGGACCUUGGAUUUUUUAGAGCAAUCCAAUCUCUUCAAUAUCAAAAGGUUCCUUCAAAUGUUGAUGAAUUAGUGGAAGCGGUGGAAAGAUCUUUUGAUGAAAUGAAGGUUGAACAACUCAACCAUGUAUUUCUUACUUUACAAUCUUGUAUGAUUGAGGUGAUGAAAGGUAAUGGAGAAAACAACUACAAAGUUCCUCAUUUGAACAAAAACAGAUUAGAAAGAGAAGACAAUCAUCCUCUUCAACUUUGUUGUGAUAUUGGUAUUGCCAAUCAUGUUUCAACUCUACUUCAACAAUGA